GUUUUGUAGUGGUUUUGUUGGGCUUUGUGUACUAAAGCAGUACAACUGUAGACUGCUGCUAAUAUUAAAAAUUAUAUAUUAGUGUUGUUGACUUCUGUUCUGUGGAAUGUUAGUGUUGUUUUCGUUUUUCCUGUAGUGUAAGAGAAAGACUAGUCACAAUGUCCUCCAACAGAGGAGGUGACAAUAAACCAAAAGGAUUUGGUUUCUCUGGGUUCCAAGUGAAGAGUAGGUCAGAGAGAGCCAAUGCCCUCCCUCCGCCCCCCAACAGUGCCCUCAGCAAGCAGGGGUACUCUACCAUGACAGCCAUCACCAACAACGCUCUCUCUGCUUCAUGGGGAAUCCCGAAGAAGAGAUCCAAAACAGAAGAAGAAUAUUUUGAUGAAGAAGAUGAGACCAAUAAUAGCGCCCUGGAGUAUAUCCCAGCUCCGGGCAGUCCCACUUACAAGGGCCAGGCAGCAGCGGCGGCUGAUUCUGACUCGGAGGAAGAUCCUCUCGACGCUUUCAUGGCUGGGAUCGAGACUCAGGUGAAAAAAGAUCUUACUGCAAGUAUAAAAAAAGGAGCUAGUGCAGAGGCUUCGGUCGAAGACGAUCCAAGUAAAGGUAUUCGAGGGGACAUCGAAGAAGAAGAUGUUGAGGAGUCCUAUUACAGGUAUAUGGAGGAGAAUCCGAGAGCUGGAUUGCAAGAUGAUGAGUCGGAUGUUGAGAUAGAGUAUGAUGAAGAUGGCAACCCGAUAGCACCUAAGAAAUCUAAGAUAAUUGACCCUCUCCCUCCGAUUGACCAUUCGGAGAUCAAGUACUCAGAUUUUGAGAAGAACUUCUAUACUGUGCAUGAGGAAAUUGCUGCCAUGACUGAGGAUCAGGUGAACCAACUACACAACACGCUGGGACUCAAGGUGACAGGAGCUCAGCCACCUCGUCCCGUCAGCAGCUUUGCCCAUUUUGGAUUCGAUGAACAGUUGAUGAAAGCAAUCCGUAAGUCCGAGUACACGCAACCUACCCCCAUACAGGCUCAGGCCGUGCCCACAGCUCUCAGUGGCAGAGACAUCAUUGGCAUAGCCAAGACAGGCAGUGGGAAGACUGCGGCUUUCAUCUGGCCGAUGCUGAUCCAUAUAAUGGACCAGAAGGAGUUGGCGCCCGGAGACGGACCAAUAGGCCUCAUCUUAGCACCCACCAGAGAGCUGUCUCAACAAAUCUAUGCAGAGGCAAAGAGGUUCGGCAAGGCAUACAACAUCAACGUGGUCUGCGCAUACGGUGGCGGUAGCAAGUGGGAGCAGAGCAAGGCGCUGGAGGGGGGAGCAGAGAUUGUGGUGGCCACUCCUGGUCGUGCCAUCGAUCUUGUGAAGAUGAAGGCCACCAACCUGGAGCGGGUCACGAUGUUAGUGUUGGAUGAGGCCGAUCGGAUGUUCGACAUGGGCUUUGAGCCGCAAGUUCGAUCAAUCUGCAAUCAUGUGCGGCCUGACCGUCAGACCCUGCUUUUCAGUGCCACAUUUAAGCGCAGAGUGGAACGGUUGGCACGCGACGUGCUGACUGAUCCUGUGCGUAUAGUGCAGGGCGAUGUGGGCGAGGCUAACACCGACGUGUCCCAGCUUGUCACAGUGUUGCCCCAACAUGCAAAGUUGGGCUGGCUCGUCAAACACAUUGUUUCCUUCCUGUCUGCCGGCAGCCUUCUCAUCUUUGUCACCAAGAAGCUGGAUGCAGAACAACUGGCGAGCAGUCUGACGCUGAAGGAGUUUGAGGUACUACUACUCCAUGGAGACAUGGGACAGACGGAGAGAAACAAAGUCAUCACCAUGUUCAAGAAACAGGAGGUCAGCAUUCUAGUCGCCACCGAUGUUGCCGCUCGAGGUCUGGACAUCCCCCACAUUCGCACAGUGGUCAACUACGACGUAGCCAGAGAUAUUGACACCCACACCCACCGGAUCGGGAGGACAGGGCGUGCUGGAGAGAAGGGUACAGCUCACACGUUGGUCACAGAGAAGGACAAGGAGUUCGCUGGACACCUGGUCAGGAACCUAGAGGGGGCCAACCAGCCUGUGCCUAAGGCUUUACUGGAUCUUGCCAACCAGAGUGCAUGGUUCCGGAAGUCAAGGUUUAAGGGUGGCAAGGGCAAGUCACUCAACGUAGGAGGAGCAGGGCUAGGCUUCCGAGAGAGACCAGGCCUGGGACACACUGACAGUGGAGCUUCCAGUGGACCCUCCAUGAGCAUUGCCGACAUGCUGCCUAAGUCGAAGACAGGUCCUGGAACUGACAGGCUAGCAGCAAUGAAAGCCGCCUUCAGGGCACAGUAUCAAAGUCAGUUCACAGCUUCCGAGGAUCACACGUGGGAGCAGACUAGGGACCAUCCUCAGGGUGUAACACAACCUUUGUCCAAGGGUCCGCUCAAGGAGAGGAAGGCAAAGAGGAGUCGUUGGGACACCGAUGAUUCCUAGGGAAAAAAAACCUCCUCGUAGAAUACUUCUGUUAAGUGUAUAUUAAUAUACAAGUUGUUUUACUUUUUCACAAGAUUAGUCAUGUAUCCUCUGUUUCUUUUGUCAUUGUGACAAUGUUUCACUUUUGAUCUUGUAAAUAAAAGGAUGUUUUUUUUAUAAUCCUUGUUCAGAGACUAUACGCUGAUAAGACUGAUGGGAAGUAGUGAAUGUCGAUUUUGUUAAGAUUAAAGCCCAGUCAGUAGGUUGAGGACAUCUUAGAAAUUCCAUUGUGUUCUUUUAAUAGUGACAAUGGUUGUAUGAAGCAUUGAUCUCUUUGUUCAAGAAUUUUUGUCUCUAGCGAUGUAUCUCGAUUCAAAUUUAGCCACACAGUUAGAGCAUAUAUGUAAAAAGUUAUUACACAUAGAGAAGUAGGCAAAUUUUCUCUUUGAAGUUCAUGAACUUUUGUUUUAAAUUUAUUCCAUCGUUCCUCUCAUUAAAUAAAUCUAUGUAUAUAGAAAAAUUAAAAGAAAUUACUUAAGUAUUGCUAAUGAAGUUAGAAGACAAGAAUAAACAUCGAAUUUUACUAACUUUUAGUACCUAUUAUUGUUCAAGCCUUUUUCCUCACUGUAACAAAAUUGUAGGUACGGUAUUUGGAAUUAUUGAACAAUUUUCCUACAAAUAGGAUCCAAAUUAUGACAGUAUAAUUGCUUGCCCUGUUCAAUGUCACUGGGUUGAAUGUGUAGGAAAGGGUAAACCAAUUUUUAAAAUUUUCAUUUUUACAUGCUUGUAACUUUGAAAGCAUAGGAUGAGUUGAAAUUGUAUGGAUUUGUUGGUGAUUGGUAAUUCAGACAAGAAGAAAAAAUUAUUUGUUGUCCAAGUAAAUCCAGUGUAUUUAAACAAAGGAGCAUUACUUGUAAGAUGUGAAUACCAAAUGAAGAAGUACCUGUAUGAAUUACUGUUCAUCAUAAUUUGAGGUAAAGAUCUCAAGUUUUGAUUUAUGAAAGAUUUGAGAAAAGAACGUUCAUUAAGUUGAAGAGUUUUCAAUUAUUUGAAAGUUGUUAUGCAUGCUGAUAGAAUUUUUACUAUGGAAUGUCUUCAUUCAUUAUCCUCAGAUUGUUGAGUUUACUCUGUAAUUAAUUUUGUUUUAAUCAAGUAAGUCUUCCAUUAAAUGGGUGACCACUUUUCCAAUUGUGUUAUUAAAUGUAAAAAUCGUUUACAUUACCCAACAUUUUAUAAAUAAAUAAACGGAUGCAUGGCUGUUAGCUAAAACAUAACAGAUUGUAAUAUUAUAUGGCUGCGAUAAUCAUUGGGUAAGUAAUGUAAGGGAAAAUAUAUGAAUGCCUGUCAACACUAAAAGAAAGUUUAACUUUUAUCUAUUUGUAAAUUGUUCCUAAUUUAUUUCUUGAAAUAAAUAAUAUAGUGAUUGACAACUUACCAGUAUAAAAUGUAUAAAUUAAUACUAUAGUUUGUACUCCUAUUUUAGCCCUGUAGAACACUGAUUUAAUUCACACAUACUUUUACCAAUUGCAUCAAUUCAAUUUAAAAAAUAAAUAACUAUGUAUACUAUAUGCAACUUCCACCUAGCUGACGAUCGUUUUGAGUUUUCACAAUGCAAAGACAUGUGUAGUUGAUAGCUGCAAUUUAAAUCAGCAUACCCUGUGUCUUAACCUAAAUACGUGUUGUGGCUUUCUCCGUUUUACUGACACUCAAUGUCCCGGUUUAUAGGUUUGUGAGGAGUAAAUCCUUAGCUAAUCAUUAAAAUUAUAUUUUAAAUAUUAAAACCUCAAAUUCUUUGAGUAUUAAGCACUGAGUAAUUUUUGUAUUUUUUUUAUUCGUCCCUGGGUUUAGUUUAAGCUUUAAAGUUAAGCCUGGUGCAAAUCAGUACAACUAUCCCAUCUUUUAGGAUGGAGAUAUGCUGCUGUUGUAUUGUCUUUGAUUAGUCUCUUCUGUGGUAUACAAAUUGAAAUAUCACUACCAGACAACUGUAACCCUUCGUACGUAAAUCUUUCACGGCUUAAUUUACUCAACACUGCGUAUGACGGGAAGUAUCGUAAUUAAGUUUUUGUGCUUUUUCAUAAACUGUACUUUGUAAAACUAGUGAUAUAAUGUACUAGAACGUUGAGCGAACGUCAGACAACAGCUGUGCUUCAUUCAUUGUUGUUAGCCUCGUGUUAUUGAUCCGAAACUGGUUUAUGUAGCUACCAACCGCCAUUUUGUGCUCUAUGCUGGUGUUUUUGACUGGUUUUUCUGUACUGCCAGUGCAACUCUUGAGAACAGCGUGUAAAGUUUGUUCCUGUGUUGUGUUGCGUGUUAAAUCAUGUGUUCAAUUUGUUUACAGUUAUAGAUGACUAAUAGGACUUUUAUGUCUUUGAAAUACUGAUUGUAUCUGUGCUAGACAAGUGCUUUGAAGUGUUUCACACUCAGAAAACCUUUUGACAUAUGAAUUCUGUGUUUGGUAUUGGUUAUGCAUUUUUAAUUUGUAAAACAUAACAAGUUUUUUUUUUAAUAUUCAGGUUUUAUUUAUGUAUUUAUUUUUUUGCCUUACAAUAACUUCAAAAACCUAAAUUGAAAGAGAAAUUUAAAAAAAUUAAAAUUAAUUUGUUAUAGUAUCGUACUAAGAGUAAGAACGGAAAUUUAUAUUUAGCGUUGUAAGGGUUAUUAUAGUACGAUACCUUGUUAUUAUUGACUAUCGUGUAUCACUGAGGCAUUAAAUGCUUUCGACUCGUUUUUACAAACCUUCUGUCUGGAGUACCUGAUUUUCUGAAUUCACAAGAGAAAGGCAAUAUUACCUCAGCAUGUAUAAAAUUUCAAAUUUGAGACUAUUGGAUAGUAAUGGAGCAGUUACAAAUUGCAGUAACUAGGAUACACAGGUUACAGUCACCUAGGGGGUAUAGAACAAGGCACUUACCAUUGAUUAUGAUUAUGUAUUAGGGUGUACCACAUUUACUAUACAUUAGUAACUGAAUCAUAAUUCAAUAACAAAACUCAUCAAAUUAAUAGUAUAUUAUGUGAAAUAUUUUUAUCAUGGAACUGGCAGUUAAAAUCCGUUUGUCCUGUAAUAACUUAUACUUCAUACAAGCCAAGUAAAACCUUGGAAUCAUAAAACUAAAUUCUACAAUUUUUAGGGAAGCACAGAUAAAAAAUAUACAAUAGGUUUGAAAUUGGAAUUAAAAUAUGGCAAAAGGAUGGAAUUAGUUGUUUAGGUUUUUAAUUAUAUGGUUUUAUAUAUGGAAAUAUAAAUUAAUUGAUUACGCUUCACAACUACCCACAUGAACUGACAUAGAAUAAAAAAACUAUAAUAUUACAUUGUCUGAUCACCCACAUAAUUAGAUACUCGUUGUAGUAAAACUUAACACUAAUGUAUAACAACUUGUGCUGUGUAAACAUCUUAACAAAUUAGACAAAAUAAUAUGUGAAAACAAGAACAAACACUGUGGUAGAAUCUGUUUAUGAAUAAUUUAUAAGUGUAUGUAGAAACGUAAUCUAGUGGUACCCAAAUAUUAUCGUAAUACACGGUGAUCAGUACUAUAGAAAGUGAUUCAUUUCAUGUAGUUGGACAACUGUCACUGCAGCUUCGGUCACGACUGCCAGCACCACAGUUAAAGUUAACUUUCAGUAACCAAGAAGAGUUUGUAUUUAUAUUUUGUUUGUGUACUUUAUAUUUUACGGAUUCCAUAAUCAUAAAAUCUAACACCGGUAUGUUAUUAUUGUAUAGAGUAAAUUAUUUAAAGCCUGUAUUCAAUGAACACAGUGUAUAAGAAAAAUCUAAACACUGUCAAUAUUAAUUGAGUUGUUUUCGAUGAUGAAUAAAAUAGUUAACAUCAUAAUCAUCGAUUCAAUGUAUUCAUCAUAUGGUGUGGUUAGUAACAGUAUAGUGUUUGUUACUGAACAUAAAAACUUCAAUCAGCUCAAAAUUCGAAUAAUGUUUGAAACCUUUUUCAGUUGUGUUAUAUUAAUAAUUAUAUUAUUAAUUUUAUGUCUGUGAUUUAAAUGGAUAGUUUUUAAAGAAAUUUGUAUGUGUUUUGAAUAUGAGCAAAUUAUGUGUUAUAUAUAUCUUAGUCUAACCAAAGUGUGUUUAGAAUUUUAUUUUAUUUUUGAUUCUUGAUUCAUGUAAUAUUGCUUGUAUAUACAAUUACUACGGCUCAAAAAAAACAUGAGAUGUCCCUAAAUAAACAUGAUUUUUAUAAAUUUUUCAGUACAUUUUGCAGGCUUGUUAAGCUUAAGCUUUAAAGUGUUCACUUGUUUUAGAAUUUCCAAAAUUAAUUCUAUAGUUACCAAUACAAUUCUGGAAGUGUAGUGAUAUUAUCGUCCUCUAACAUAAUUAAAUUUCUGUGGCUGAAAUUUUCGUGAAGCAUAAUGACAUGAUUUUAGGAUUUACAAAUUCCAUUGCUUUAAGUUCUAGUUUUUUUGUGAAAUUUGUGUAUCAUUGUGUGUUGUUUUAUGUACUGUAAAUUAUAUAAUAGGUACAAAUUUUGUUUGGUUUAUAAUAAACUGUUGAUAAAUUUUCAGUAAUGUA